GAUAUGGGCUCAAACGAAAACACUAACGGAGGCAGGGGAAGAAGGAGAACACGAAGCCGGGGAAGAAAUCAAACUGAAAGGGAGGAAACAGAUGGAGAAGGAGGAGAAGGUGUAGGGAUGCGUGGGAGAGGCAGAGGAAGAGGAGGAAACAGAGGAGGAGGAAGAGGAGGAGGGGGAGGAAGAGGGAGAGGAGGAGGAGCAGAUCCAGGAAGAAGGGAUGACAGAGCUGCAGGAAGAGAAGGCAGGGAGGAGACAGAUGGGAGAGGCAGAGGAAGAGGAGGAGGAGCAAAUGCAUGGAGGGGGGGUGAAAGAGAUGCAGGAAGACAGGGGGGAGGAGCCAGACAGAGAGGAGGAGGAGGAGGAGGAGGGAGGGGGAGAGGAAAUGGAAGAGAAGUGGCAGAGAGAGAGAGAAAUGGAGAGCAAGGUGCAUUUGAAAGAGAGGGAGCUAGAAGGGGGGUGGCAGAAAGGGGUGCAAGGAGAGGAGGACAUAGUGUGGAUAGAAGAGAAGGAAGAGGGGGUUGGAGGAGAGAUGGUGCAGGAGACAAUCAAGGGAGAUCAAAAUCUACAGGAAGGGUGGGGGCACCACAGGGUCAUGGACUGGGCUAUAAAAAGCUGGAAAAUCUCUCUGGUGAAGAUCCAUCCAUAGUGGCCAUCACCCUGUCCUCUGAUCCGUCCCUGAAAGAGGUCCUGUAUGUGACAAAAAUGAGGCAGGACCUUGUCGAACUCCUCUGCCUGGUGCUGAGCAAAGCCUUCAAAUCACGGUCAGACAGAGGCACCCUGCAGCACCUCGCUGGCAUCAUAAAAGAUUCAGGUUUCUUGCGCACUGUCCUACCCCACUAUCUUGUGGGCAUGGUGUCAGAGGCCAACCCCGGCCGCAGGGAGCAAUACCCACAGCACCUGGAUCACAUCCUGGCUAUUCUGUCAGAGGUCCUCAGCAUCUUCCCUGCUAGCUCGGUCCAGGCUGUGAGUUUGCUGCUGACGCUGCUUGAAGCCUCCAUCAACAGCCUGAGGGCAUCAGGAGUGGACAUCCAGCCACAAACUGAGCAGAGUGUGGAGAGUAUUCAGGAACUGAUCAAGCACCUCCAGGAGAGAUCCAGGGAGGGUACCCUGCGCUCAGACAAGGACACGUAUGCCUUCUUACGGACUGGAGGUGAUACCCCAGGUGAAGAAGAUCAGGAAGAUUUCAGGACCAUAUCCAUCUACCCAACUCCUGAAGAGUUCCAUCAGGAACACAGGCCUUUCCUGAGACCCAACCUUACCGCUCAGCGCUACAGAAACACCCACAUCUACCUUGACACCCACUUCCGGCUGCUAAGGGAGGACUUUGUGCGGCCACUCCGUGAGGGGAUCCAACAAUUGCUUCGGAACAAAACGGACAAGGGCAGAAAUGAUAACCCGCUGAAGACAAAGCGCUUUGAUGACAUCAGAGUAUAUUUUGACACAAAACUGGUGGUGCCCAAGUGCACACACACUGGUCUGGCCUACAUAGUCAAGUUUGACACUCAGCCACUUCAGUUUGUGCGCUGGCAGAACUCCAAGAGGCUGAUCUAUGGAUCCCUGGUCUGCCUGUCAUGCGAUAAUUUCAAGACCUUCUUGUAUGCCACAGUGUCAGAUCGGGAUCCCAAAGAACUAAUGAAGGGACAUGUUCAGAUUGCCUUUACUGAAGAAAGCAGAUUCAAGUUGGCCAGAAUUGAGAAAGAUCAAUCGUUCCUCAUGGUUGAGACCACUGCCUACUUUGAGGCCUAUCGAUAUGUUCUAGAGGGCUUACAGGAGCAGGACGACGACGACCUGCCCUUUCAGAGAUACAUUGUGGAGUGCAGAACAGAUGUGCGACCUCCAGCUUAUCUGCGAAGAAGAGAUGAUUAUGACCUGUCAUCCGUGGCUCACCCUGACCAUAAGGCCAGUAUACGGCCCUUUCACUGCCUGAACCCAGAGAAAUGGCCGAAAAUGGAGAAACUGGGGCUGGAUGAGUCUCAGAUGAAAGCCUUCCAGCUGGCCCUCACAAAAGAGCUGGCCAUCAUACAGGGACCUCCUGGCACUGGAAAAACCUACGUGGGGCUUAAGAUUGCUCAGGCUCUGCUGACCAAUCAGGAUCUCUGGAGAGAUAGACUUGGCUCGGCUCCCAUGCUGGUAGUGUGUUACACUAACCAUGCCCUGGAUCAGUUCCUUGAGGGUAUUCAUAAAUUUCUGCAAGAGGGAAUAGUGAGAGUAGGAGGCCGCAGCAACAGUGAGAUCCUGAAGCGUUUCAAUCUAAGGGAGCUGACCCACUCGCAGAAGUUCAGAGAUUCGCUGCCGUCUCACCUGCACCGUGCACAUAAUCAGAUUUACAGGCAGCUGUGUGAGGAAGAGAGGGGGAUCCAGACACAAAGCGUGAGGCUGGAGUGUUCCUUGAAAGGCGUCCUACGUGAAACCUUCUUAAGGAAGUUCAUUUCAGACCUACACUGGCUCAGUCUGCACGAGCCACCUACAUGGGAUGGUUUUGUGACCUGGGGAGAGAAGAAGUCCAGUGUGGUGAUGGACUGGUUGGGUUUGGGUUCCACUGUCUUCCUGCAGAGGGCGACAGAGAAUGCAAAUAGAAAUGAAGCAGAAGAGGAAGCGAUGGAGGUGGAUUACGAGGACGACUUCAUUGAAAUCGCAGAGGAAGCAGAUCUGAUCCAGGCAGAGCGCAUUAUUGAAGACAACAUUGGUCCCAGACGUGGCAGAAAGAACGAAGACACGGAGGAGGCUGUGAGAGCAGUAGAGGAACUGAUGUUGGCUAUGAACCUGGAUGAAGCUGAGAUACAAGCUGAGCAGAGUGAGGAAGGAUGGGAGAUGCAACGAACCCAGAAGAGAAAAAUGAAGAACAGAAUCAGGAAAGAGCUUGGGAAGACCUCAGCCAUGACUGACGAAGAGGAAGAUGAUGUCUUGGAUAUAUGGACUCUUAGCCAGCAAGAAAGAUGGAGACUUUAUCGGUUGUGGGUGGCACGUUACAGGGCAGAACUUUGCACCAUAGUCCUAGAGUCUGAACAGGCCUAUCAGAACGCAGUGGACAGAUUGGCUGAUGUAAAACGUCAUGAGAACCUCUGUCUCCUCAAGGAAGCCAAGGUUAUUGGCAUGACGACAACAGGGGCAGCCAAGUUCCGUAAAGUUCUGCAAGAAGUGGGUCCAAGCCUGGUGAUCGUAGAAGAGGCUGCAGAGGUUCUGGAAGCCCACACAAUCACCACACUGAGCCAAGCAUGCCAACACCUCAUCCUCAUUGGAGACCACCAGCAGCUGCGCCCCAGUGCCACAGUAUACGAACUUGCAAAGAACUACUACCUGGAGAUGUCCAUGUUUGAGAGGCUGGUUAAGAUGGGAUUUCCUUUUGUCAGACUCGACUACCAGCAUCGUAUGAGGCCAGAAAUUGCCCGUCUUCUGACCCCACACAUCUAUGCAGAGCUGGAAAAUCAUCCCUCUGUGCUGAAGUACGACAACAUCAAGGGUCUUAAUGCCAAUUUAUACUUUGUUGAGCACAACCACCCAGAAGAACAGAUCAAAGACGGGAAAAGCCAUCAGAACCGACAUGAGGCGAUGUUUAUAGUCUCUCUUUGCCGAUAUCUAAUCUUUCAGGGCUACAAACCAGAGCAAAUUACCAUCCUCACAACCUAUACUGGGCAGCUCUACUGUCUGCGCAAUCUCAUGCCUGCCGCACAGUUCACAGGGGUCAAAGUGCAUGUUGUGGACAAGUACCAAGGAGAAGAGAAUGACAUUGUCUUGUUGUCUCUGGUCCGCAGUAACGCGCAGGGCAGAGUUGGCUUUUUGAACAUACCCAAUCGCGUCUGUGUAGCCUUGUCUCGUGCCAAAAAAGGUCUCUACUGUAUUGGCAAUGGCACAAUGCUGAGCCAAGUCAAACUGUGGAGCAACAUCUUCCACACCUUGAGGGAGAAAAACCAGGUUGGGAAUUCUCUGACCCUGUGCUGUCAGAAUCAUCCUGAUCGACAGGUAGAAGUGUCUCGAGCUGAUGAUUUCAAGCAAGCCCCUGAGGGGGGGUGCACCAAGCCUUGUGAGUUCCGUUUGGAUUGUGGCCAUGUUUGCGCAAGUGUCUGCCACCCCUACGACCCCGAGCACAAAGAGUACAAGUGUCUCAAGAAGUGCCAGAAGAUUUUGUGCGAUCUGGGUCACAGGUGCACACUUUUGUGCUAUCAAAAAUGCCCAGAGGGAUGUCCAGUGAAGGUUGAGAAGAUCAUACCCCAGUGUGGGCACAAGCAGAUGGUCCCUUGCCACCAGGACCCGAAGACAUUCUCAUGCCGGAAGCCUUGCCAGAAGCUGCUUGGCUGUGGACAUCCUUGUGAAUCAUUGUGUGGGCAACCAUGCACAAGUCACUGCAAGGUUAAGGUCACCUUAAAACUAAAGUGCGGCCACAGCCAGAUAGAUGCAUGCUUUUACAAAACUGAGGAAGACAAGCCCCAAUGUAGAACCCCGUGUGAAAAACAGCUGAAGUGUGGCCAUACCUGUCGGGGAAACUGUGGCAAGUGUAGUCAGGGACGGUUCCAUUACCCGUGUUCUCACCACUGUGAUCGUCUCCUGAUUUGCUCUCACAAGUGCAGCGAGCCUUGCACUCGUGAUUGCCCCCCCUGCAAGAAACCAUGUGAGAACUGCUGCGUGCACAGCAAGUGUAUGAAGCCAUGUGGACAUCCCUGUGCUCCGUGCAUUGAGCCCUGCGCUUGGCAGUGCCCUCACCAAAGCUGCAGUAAGCUUUGCUAUGAGCCAUGCGAUCGUCUGCCAUGUACCCAACCCUGUGCCAAGACCCUGGCUUGCGGCCACCCAUGCAUAGGUCUGUGUGGAGACAAAUGUCCAAGCAAAUGUCGCAUCUGUAAUCACGAUGAAGUCACAGAGAUUUUCUUCGGCACUGAGGAUGAGCCUGAGGCUUACUUUAUUCAGCUAGAGGACUGUGGACACAUCAUUGAAUACACGGCCAUGGACCAAUACAUGGGGAUGGAUGACAACCAGCAGGCAAAUGAAGGCGAGGAGGUGGCCAUAAAACUGAAGGAAUGUCCGAAAUGUAAAGCUCCAAUCCGCAAGAAUCUACGCUAUGGAUCUCACAUCAACCGCAGUCUGGCUGAGAUAGAGAUGGUAAAGACAAAGAUAAAUGGAAGUCAGGCGGUUAUUGAACAGCACAAAAGGGCCCUUCAAGAGAAGUGGGAGGACAACCUUUACCUCCAUGAAAUGCAUUCCCAAGAGGACUAUAUGCAAAUCCAAAAGAAACUGGAAAAUAAGUAUCUCACAUCAAAUGAUCUGUGGAUCCUGGAAAACAAGAUGGAUUUCCUCAUACAAGUUACAAAGCUGAUGAGGAUCCAAAAAGAAAACACAUCAGCCAUGCAAUGCCUCAUAUUAGGAGGGCAUAUCUUGGAGUUUGUGCGCCAGCUCAACUGCUGGCGCCAAAAAUUCACAGUUCAGCAGGUCUUUGAUUUGCAGAGAGAGCUCCAGAGAAUCAACCUCCUGACCGACAUCAACGCCCGUUGCCAUAAGGCAAACAUAAGAGCAAAAAGUGACACAAUUAAGUCCGAGGUAAAAGCAAUAACAACAAUUUUGGAAAAGGCUGGCCAAUUCACAGAGCAAGAUCAGGACAGAGUGAAAGAAGCCCUGAAGGAAUUAGACAAGAAGCUUCCAGCCACAGGUUUGGGGAUCACGGAGAAGGAGAGAGAGAUGAUCGUCUCGGCUAUGAAAAUGCCGUCUGGACACUGGCACAAAUGUCCUAAUGGCCAUGUGUAUGUCAUAACUGAGUGUGGAGGGGCUAUGGAGAGUCGACAAUGCCCUGAUUGUGAAGCUACUAUUGGUGGGGUCGGUCACAGUCUGGCAACUGGCAACCAAGUGGCCUCAGAGAUGGAUGGGGCACAGCACCCCGCCUGGUCUGAAGCCAACAACCUUCUAAACUUUGGUCGUCUUGACUUCUGAAAGCUAUCUUACAGACAUCUGCUGUUGCCUUCUGACUCUCAGCUGCAAACUUACAUGCAACAGGUGGUAAUUUUACUGUAGUGACCACUUUAAUCAAUGCUGGACCAGAAGUUAUCUCUACUGCUUGAGAUGAGGGAUGCACAAUUUAGAAAAAAAAGAAGUUAAUGUUAAUUUGACUAUUUGGUAAUUUCUUUAAAAAAAAUAUAUGUUAAAAUGGGCUUGAUGUGAUACAUUUUUGUUUUUUUCCAAAGAGUGUGUAGAAUACAAUUUGUAAGAUGUGCCAUAACUUCAUACCUAAUUUAGAAUAGGACCCAUUCUUUUCUGUGACAGAUUUUGCUGUUUCUGCAAUUUGGAUAUUGCACUAGUCCAUAUUGCAAUGUCAAUAAACGUUCUAUUGUAGACCAUAAUCGUCUUGCAUACAAUUUACUUUGAAAAUACAGGCUUAGAUAGUAAUAGCAAUAAUUUGUGACACUUUUUUUUUUUU